CCACUCAAAACAGCGUCGUUUUGAAGCCUUUUCCAUUUCUACCUAUAAAUACCUGUCAUUCCCGCUCUAAAAAAAAAAAAAAAAACUACUCAUUCUCAGUUCCAACCAAACACUGUUCAGAGCUCGAAAAUCCGAACUCGAAAACCCAGAAAAAUGGAGCAAUUCAAAGGCCAGCCUCGUCUACCCAAAUUCAUCGUCCCAGAGCGAUACUUAAUCAAUCUCAAACCAGAUCUCAACUCUUGCAAAUUCUCCGGCGCCGUCGCCGUCGACCUCAAUGUCGUCUCCGAGACCCGCUUCAUCGUUCUCAAUGCGGCCAACCUCUCUGUAAACACCGCCUCCAUAUCCUUCACCCCCGGAAGCUUUACUCAGAGUUUGCAGAGCAGAGGAAAUAUCACGUGGAGUAUACUUUUGGCCGGACAGAUCAUCUGGAGUAUUGCUACAACAAUUUCGAAUUUAUUGAUAUGGUUGAUAAGAGGCAACAGUGAAGAGAGUAGAUCAUCAGGAGUCUUAAAGCCUUCAAAAGUAGAAAUUUUCGAAGAGGAUGAGAUUUUGGUGUUGGAGUUUUCAGAGACACUCCCUGUUGGACAUGGGGUCUUGGCUAUUGAGUUUGAAGGGGUUUUAAAUGACAAGAUGAAGGGUUUUUAUCGAAGUACAUACGAGCAUAAUGGUGAGAAGAAGAAUAUGGCAGUUACACAGUUUGAACCAGCUGAUGCGAGACAGUGCUUUCCUUGCUGGGAUGAACCAGCUUGCAAGGCUACGUUUAAGAUCACAUUGGAUGUACCAUCCGACCUGGUAGCCCUUUCAAACAUGCCAGUCAUUGAAGAAAAAUUUAGAGGACAAAUCAAGACAUUAUCAUAUCAAGAAUCACCAAUAAUGUCUACAUAUUUGGUGGCCUUUGUUAUUGGCAUGCUUGAUUAUGUGGAAGAUCAUACUUCUGAUGGGGUCAAAGUUCGAGUAUAUUGUCAAGUUGGAAAGAAAGACCAAGGAAAGUUUGCAUUGCAUGUUGCUGUCAAGACACUUGACCUAUUCAAAGAGUACUUUGAUAGACCAUAUCCUUUGCCCAAAUUGGAUAUGGUCGCCAUCCCUGACUUUGCUUUUGGGGCUAUGGAGAAUUAUGGUUUGGUUACAUAUCGUGAAACAGCUUUGCUUUAUGAUGAUCAGAAUUCAGCAGCUGCAAACAAGCAAAGGGUUGCAACUGUGGUAGCUCAUGAACUCGCGCAUCAGUGGUUUGGCAAUCUUGUAACGAUGGAAUGGUGGACAGAUUUAUGGCUGAAUGAGGGAUUCGCAACAUGGGUAAGCUAUUUAGCAAAUGAUAGCUUGUUCCCGGAGUGGAAGGUGUGGACUCAAUUUCUUGAUGAAUCUAUUGAGGGUCUCAGACUGGAUGGGCUUGAAGGAUCUCACCCCAUCGAGGUGGAAAUUCAGCAUGCGUCUCAAAUUCAGGAAAUAUUUGAUGCAAUCAGUUAUAAGAAAGGUGCUUCUGUUAUUCGAAUGCUCCAAAGUUAUAUCGGUGCUGAAUGCUUUCAGAGUUCACUUGCUUUAUAUAUAAAAAAGCACGCUUUCUCAAAUGCAAAGACGGAAGAUUUAUGGGCUGCCCUUGAGGAAGGAUCUGGUGAGCCUGUGAACAGGCUAAUGAGUUCUUGGACGAAGCAAACAGGAUACCCAGUUGUCUCCAUCAAAGUCAAAGAUCAGAAAUUGGAGAUUCAACAGUCACGAUUCUUGUAUAGUGGUUCACAUGGGGAGGGCCGGUGGAUUGUCCCAAUUACAUUAUGCUGCAGCUCAUAUGACAACCAAAUAAAUUUCCUACUAGAAUCAAAGACUGGAGCUCUCGACAUGAACGAUUUUGGCCUUGCAGAGGCUGCAACUGGAUGGAUAAAACUUAAUGUCAAUCAGACUGGUUUCUUCAGGGUGAAAUACGACGAGGGCCUUGCAGUUAGACUAAGACAUGCAAUAGAGAACAAGUACUUGACUGCACCAGAUAGAUUCGGGAUUUUGGAUGAUACGUUUGCUCUAUGUAUGGCUAGCCAAGAAUCGCUCAGCUCUUUACUUACCUUGAUGAAAUCUUACUCGGAGGAACUUGAUUUUACUGUGCUCUCUAACUUGAUUACUGUAAGUUAUAAAGUUGAAAGAAUUGUAGCUUCUGCCGUACCCGAGCUUCUGAACACCUUACAGCUUUUUUUUAUUACCCCAUUACAAAAUGCUGCAGAGACUCUUGGCUGGCAACCAAAAGAUGGAGAGAGCCAUUUAGAUGCAAUGUUGAGAGGAGAAAUUUUGACUGCCUUGGCUGUAUUUGGAGAUGAUCAAACUCUGAAUGAAGCAAGUAGGCGUUUCGAAGAAUUCUUAAAAGAUAGAAACACGCCACUCCUUCCUCCUGAUUUGAGAAAGGCUGCAUAUGUAGCUGUAAUGCAGAGAACUAGCGCAGCGAACAGAUCGGGUUAUGAAUCCCUUUUGAGAAUCUACAGAGAAAGUGAUCUAAGCCAGGAGAAAACCCGGGUUUUAAGUUCAUUGACAUCUUGUCCGGAUCCCAUGAUAGUUUUGGAAGCUCUUGACUUUUCGCUGACUUCUGAGGUUCGUACUCAAGAUGUUGCAUUGGUACUUAAUGUCAGCAAGGAAGGGCGUGAAACAGCUUGGAAGUGGUUGAAGGAUAACUGGGAGCACAUCUCAAAUACCUGGGGUUCUGGUUACUUAAUAACCCGCUUCAUCAGUUCAAUUGUAUCUCCGUUUUCUUCGAUUGAGGAUGCUGAGGAUAUAGAGGAUUUCUUUGCCAGCCGCACCAAGCCCAGCAUGGCUAGAACCUUGAAGCAAAGCAUUGAGAGGGUGAGAAUUAAUGCCAACUGGGUUCAGAGUGUUCAAACUGAGGACCAACUUGUUGAUACACUGAACAAUUUGACAUACUACCACUAGGUUCGCUUGUGUCAUUGUGUGCUAAUAUGUUGAAAGAAUAAAGCUAAAGCUAUGUAUAGAAACCAAAAACAAUCACAUAUAUAUUUAUUAUGUAAUAAAUAUGUUGUUAAUUGUUUAACGGGACCGAUAAUUGGGAGAAAUCCUUAUUGGGACCCAUUUAGUUGUACAAAUAAAAAUAAACAAAAAAAAUAAAAAAUUAUAAAAAAAAAAUCAUCAUAAUUUAUUACGAAAAUA